AUGGGUGCCAGAAGUUGGGGCUCAUUAAUAAUACUCCUAUCCAUCCAAAUAGCUUGGGCCAAUGGAUACGCCCAAGCGCCCGGGAUGUACCCACCAGAAGAAAUGGAUCGAAAACUCCCAAACGUUCCUCCAAAUCCUUAUGGUGGCGGAGGAGGCGGCGGAUUCCAUAGUUAUCAGUUCUACUAUGAAAAAGACCCGCCGAAGAAGGAAAAUGAAGGUUUUUCUUGGAUUUUUUUGUUGAAUUUUUCGAGGCUGGGGGGCAAAUUUUUUUCGCCACAUAUAAUAGUUAGACAGUUGUUUUAGGGGAAUUUUUUUGAAUUUAGAGAUUUUUUUUAUUGAUUUUUUUAAAGGUUUAAAUAUAUGGAAUGAUUCGACAGAGAAGGGUUAUCAAGGGUUUUUCUUGAAUUUUUUGAAAAAAUGUUGGGUUUUGUUAAACUUUUCGAAAUAAAUGAGUUGAGGAAGUCUGCAAAAGACGUUUUACAUAGACAAAGAGUUGGCUUUUUCGAAAAUGUCCCCAAAAAUUUAGAAAAAAAGGCUCCUUUAUACUGGAUUUCUGCGUUCUUUCCCUUCUUUUCACACCUUUCUUGAGCCUUCGAAGUCCUAGAAAAAGAAUAGGAGGCUUGAUGAAAAGCUCAAAAACGGGGGACUUUCUGCGGUUUUUUAAGGCUUUUUUGCUCUUUAUGAUUGCUCCAGAGUAUAAAGUCUAUCACGUUGAACUAUUUUCCAAUUCAAAAAUUUUAGGAUCUGAUCCAAACUCGGCUUUCAAAGCACCCAAACUUCCCUCUUUCCGGCCUGGUUCUAGGCCUGAAGAUCCUUCAGAACAACCGGCUCAAGCUGGAACCGACCAGGACGAUGGAUAUGGUGAGGAAUUUUUCAGAAAGGGGAAUUUUUUAAAUGAGAAUGGGUCUCACAGAUGCACUCAUUUUUAUUCAUUCACAAAUAUUUUCAACCAAACCGGUAUAAACAUCGGCAAAAUGGCUUUGAAAAGUGUUCCCUCUAGUGACUACUUCAAUCAAGUUGAGUGAUUUUGGUGAUCUUCAAGUAGAUGGCAUGACCAAGGGGAUAUACUUACUUACUUACUUAGAUGGUCCAUCUUCGCUUUCGAUCUUUUAUUGCCUUUUAUUGAUCGAAGCGUGGACCACACGUUUUCCAGGAGGUCUUAUGCAAUCGGUCAUCCAGUGUUGUCGUCCUGGUUGACUGGUAUUCUUGCGAAAAAGUUCCAUCCGUGGUGUUGAACGUGUUAUAGCAUAAUUUUGGUCUGAUUAUCCUUUUUGCCUUGCCAGGGCUAAAAAAGACCGCCCAUUCUGUUAACAGAAGCAAGCCGAACUGCGUGACCGGUGUACCGUUAGCCGCCAUAAAUGGCGUUGCCUCCCCAUCACCGCGUAGAGGUGGUACUUGAAGGGGCAAGGGGAUAUAUCACAAGAAACUCUGUUUUUUUUUUGCAGGAAAAUUUUGAGACCUUAAAGAUGACGUAAAAUCAUUUUCUGCUGGUUAAAUUUGAAGUUUUGGGUCAUAACUCUUCUAAAAAGCAAAAUACACAGUUAAUUCCAACUUUUUGAACUUCGCCAUGUCUUAAAGUAACUUCCAGCCGAGAAUUAUCGAAUUUGGCUUUUUUUUGACAUGUUUUCGCAACGAAGAGACGAAUUUUCUAAAUUUUGAGAUUUCAGAACUUUCUUUAAAAAAAGAAAAAUGGCUCCAUAGAAAUUUUCUUAUUUUGCUGCUUUUCUGCGCCAAUUCAUAGGCUUUUAUGCACCAUUUUUGCUGCCUCUCCCUUUUUCCACCAUCUCUUGAGUCUUUAAAAUCCCGAAAAAGUGGAAGGCUCGAUAAAGGGACUCUUUUUGCUGCCUUUUUUGAGCCUCUCGUUUUUAGCAGCCAUUAUCCACCAUUCCGAAUCUGCCCUAUAAGACUCUUUUUCCAGUUUUUUAACAAAAAUUCGGAUUCAGCUUGAGAAAUUGUUCCUGAAACUCUCAUUUGAAAGUCUCAUUUAAAAGUCUCAUUGUAUUUGACCCUUUUUCCUGAUCAGAAAAAUACCAAUUUUCCUAUUUUUAGAUGGAAAAUCUUCCCAAGCCCCCGGUAGCUCUGGAAAGUACGAAAAGUCGAAAAUAACAGCUCCCAAAAAAAGACCCGAUGAUCAGAAUGGCUAUGAUGGUGGUUAUGGUAGAAAUGCAUCACUUGGAAAAUUUCAUAUAAUCUCGAUUUUUAGGCGAAUCUCCUGAUUCGAACUUGUAUGAAGAAAAUGGGAAGUCAAGCCAAUCCAAAGGUAAUUUUGACUGAAAAAAAAAUUAUUCCAAUUUUUAGGUUCUGAGGCUGAAAAUCCAUAUGAAAGCGAAUCUUCUUAUGGAAAAAGGUAUAGUUUUUUUACAGUAUUUUUUUAAUAUUUCAGUGAAAAAAAGGAACCUUAGAAUUUUCUUAUUCUCAUGGAAAUUUUUUUAGAGAACUUGGAAAAAUUUCUCUUGCUUUUUAUGUGAAAGUUUGACACAUAGGGCUUCGCUCAAAAUUUAGUGCGAAUUUUUUUGAAAAAAAUACGUUUUCCGAAAGUCUGAAGAGAAAAAUUUAAAAUAUGGACGAUUUUUUUGUUUUUCUUGAAAAAUACGAAAAAACAGUUUUGAGAGAUUUGAAAUUUUUUUCUGUGGGAUCUACAUCGAAACAGAAAUUCAGUAGUAUUACGAAUUAUCCAUGGAGCGCACUUUCUGGAAAAUUGAGUUUUUAGAAGCUGUGCUCGAUAUGGCCUUAGGCUCUAAACGCACCCGACCAAAAACGGCUUGCGCCACAAGAUGUAGUACUCUUUUAAUGCUUUAAGACGUUCUAUUUUUGACCACGAAGUUCAAAUUUUUCCGGUUUCAGAAAAUUUUUUGUCUUGAAGCCCACUUUUUGAGAGCUCGGAGUAGUUUUAUGCGAACUUUUUUAAACAAAUUUUUGAAAAUUCUUGGUGUCCUUUUUAAAUUGAGUUCCACUCAGAAAAUCAGGAUAUGGUUAAGCCUACAAACGCAUCCGACCAAAAACGGCUUUCGCUAAAAGGUGUAGGGAAAACCUUAGAGCAUGUUUUUCUAGAGGCCUCUCGAAUCUGCCACCAAUACAGUUUUUUUCCUGUUCUAGAAGACGCUUUUUUCCUUGAAGCGCAACUUCUGAGAGCUCGUAGUAGCUUUUUUUCAAAGUUGUUUGAGAAUCUGUUUGAAAAAAUGAGAUAUAAUUUUUCAAAUGCUCAUGAUAUGGUUUAGCCCAUCCGACCAGAAACUGUUUGCGCUAGAAAAUAUAGAGAAUGCUUUUUAGUUUCCCUGGUCUUAAAGCAUCCCAAAAAAUAGUACCAACCCAAAAAGAUUAUUCGAGUUUUUCCCGUUUCAGAAGACGGCUCUUCCAGCAAGUCUUCGAAAUCGAAAAAAGGUGAUAACCCCUCCAAAAGCACUGCACCCUAUGCCGAUCCGCACGGCGCACUGGCACGGUCUAUCGAUGAAAAUAUCAAAAAAGAGCUUGUCGAAACGAUGAACAAGCUUUUCGCCGCGAUCCCCAAGGAUCCUGGUAAGAAACCGGAGAAAAGAAGUUCCUACUCGGGUUUAAGGAUCCUCUGGCACGAGCACUUUUGCCGGUCUUGCACACCCCACCAAGCCAGCGACUUUCAUGACUCCGGAAGGAGGAGCACCAGAUUUGCGGGUCGAUCCUGACCUUGUCAGCACUGAUAAUAAUAGAAAUCGAGUCGCACCUCCGCAAAGGAAACCACUGAAAAAUGCGGGUGAAUUCUCACCGGAAGACCCGGAAACAGGUAGGAUCUGUUGUCACAGAAAUGACCACUAAGCACACUGUUUAACUUUUGAACCAGAUGUUGAAAUUCACACACAUUCUGAAUCGGCACCUGAGAGUUACCUAGAAGGCCUUUGGGAAAAGUUCUGAGAGCUUAAAAUCUAUAAAAAAUCGGUUUGAGAUGAUUUUUGAAUGAUAGAGAUGGUCCACGAAACUUUUUUUCUGCUUUACGAGAAAAUUCCAAGCCUGUACUAGUACUGGUCUUCAGUCAAUCCGGAGCUUUCUCUAAAAGCUUUCUGGAAAGUUUUUAAGCCUAGAUUCGGAUUCAGCAUGAAAAAAUGCACCCUAUAGUCCCACUGUGAGCUGAUUCCGAUCUUUGAUUAAUUUAUGAACCUGUUUUUAAAAUUUUUGCACUCUUUCAUGUUUUGCUAGCGUCUUCGGAAUGAUUUCGCGAAUAGAAAGUUGAAAAUUGCGGAUCAGUUUGAGAUAAAAUGUUAAGUAUGCUCUAUUGAUAACUUGAUAAUUAUUUCGAGCUUUGGUAAAGCUCCGUUUCUGAGCAUUUCUAAUGAUCACUAGCGGCUUCAGGGCCCUUAAUUUAUCCCAGAAAGUUUUCUAGCAUUCCAAGUUAUCAUUUUAGCGGAUUCAGAACCCUUAAGGCAUCCCCGGACGUUUCUGAGCACUUCUAGGAAUCCCUUUAGCGGAGUCUCUAUUCUUGAGUCAUCCCCCGACCUUUCUUAGCAUCCCUAGUUAUCACUAGCGGCUUCAAGGUCCUUUAUUAUCCCAGGACAUUCCUAGUUAUCACUUUAGCGGAGUCAGAACCCUUAAGUGAUUCCUACACCUGCUCCAAAAUGUCCGAGACGCGAAAUACCUUCAAGGUGUCAUAAGUUAAGUUUUUUUGAAGCUUUUUUUUCGCUUUUUUGAGACCGAACUUUGACUUGAAGCACUAUUCAAAACCCUUCAGAGCACGGCCAAUCAAAUCACCAAUCACCACAAAAAACCACAGAAGAUCCAUCACAGAAUCCGCACAAAAUCACCGAAAAUCUGUCCACACCAGCACGACCAGAAGGUCAGCCUGAAAAAAAAUUUGAUAAUGUUAUAGAAGCCUGUGAUGAACUAUGUAGUCUGUUUCAAACACACGCAUAUUUUUUAGUCAAACUUUUCAAAAUAGAACUUUUUUUUCGAUAACAUUUUUCAUUCACACAUACACAGCUUGAUCACAACGAUUCAGAGCACGGAAAAUCAGAAUUUGAAGCACCAAAAAAACUGGAAACUGAUCUUCACCCAAAGAUUCACCAAGACCCACCAGAGCACGACAAAUCAGAAUCAGAAGCACCAAAAAUCCCACAGAAAAGCUUGAGAGAAUCACCCGCACAUGGUCAGUUGGGCCAAGUUUGAAGCACGUCUUCUGUUUUAGAAUCCACCGCGAUUCUGAAGGCACCAAGAAUUUCUGCCGUUGAAGAGCAUGACUUAGGUAAUUUCUGAGCUCCUGGCGUUUUUCCAGAGCCAAUCAUCACCCCCAUAAGCAUUCAUAAGCGUUUUUUCGUCAUCCUCACAAUUCAGAGCACGAAAAAUCACAUUCCGAAGCACCAAAAGAACAAGCUGACCUUCCUCGAAAGUCAGACCAGCUUGAGGAUCCACAAAACUUACUAAAAAACACGAAAAAUCCAUCACCUUCAGCACUAUCACAAGGUCAGUCUUGUCACUUGCUGAGCACGUAUUUUCCUUCAAAUCACUAGAAGUUGAGCUUCUACUUAGAGAAAAGGGUUAGCUUCACCAAGACUCUGAGUGUCAAAUUUGCACUUUUUAGUUCAGCAGAACCUAUUAGAACACAGCAAAAGUCAGAAUUACAGUUGAUUGCUUAGCUCGCCCAUUUCUUCAAAAUUAUCAAAAAAUCUGAGCUUCUUCUUGAAGAAAAAAAUAGUAAAAUAUUGAGCUUCUUCAAGAAAAAUUUUGAGCUUCUUUUUUUAAAGAAAAAAAUGUCAAAAAUAGCUUCUCUAAGCGUUUUCCUCACUUCCGACAUCAGAUUUCUCCUUUUAAGCUCAAAAAAAGUAUUCAAAUCAGAAUUUGAUUCGCUAGCUUUUUUUCAAAACCAUGGAAACUAGACUCGAUAAAAAAUGUCAGCCUAGCUCUCUCAAGCCUUUAUUUCACUUUUAGCUUCACCAAAAACCUUCAAAACACGAAGAAAUACUUAAAAACAACAUUUUUAUUAUCAUAUAUUUAACAAAAAAAUCACACUAAAAACCCUUCAGAGCACAGCGAAUCACAGUUUGAAGCACCACACAAGCCACCAAGCACACAAUCGAACACGAAGCUUCAUGAAAAUUUUUCACAAAAACCACCACCAGACCUACACAAAUCCGAACUCGGAGCACCUCACAACAAACUGAAAAUCACUAAAAGACCACUUCCACCAGCAGAAUCUGAAGGUCAGUCACUGGGAAUUCCGGUUGAGAGAGUCUUUAGAACGCCCUGAUUUUGAAACAGUCGAAAAAACUGCGCCUUUCGAUUUUUAAUGUAGUUCUGGAGCUUAAGAGACGCCAAAACCACACAGAAAUGAUAGGUUAGGGUUGGUGAAUUUAAAAAUUCGGAAAAGAAAUGUUUUUUUCGACUGAUUUUGAAGCGGUUUGUUUGAAAGUACCUCUGGGCCAAGUAUAACCAAUUUUUCAACCGGAAAAAUUCGCCCUUCACAUUUUGGGUCUUCCGAUUCGAGCUAGACCUCGAACUCAGAACCAUAGCAAUCCUAGAAGUCCUCCAAAACUCGCACCUUUGCACGAAAUCCACACUUUUAAACAGCACUUCUUUAAAAAAUUUUCAAUUUUAACUGCACUCCAAAUUCGCAACCCUAUUUUCCUCUCAAAAACGCGCACCCUGGCACAAAGUCCUUUCAGAAUCGGCUGAAAUCGUGAUGAACGUCCAGAAAAUCGACGACGAUGAUAAAAUCAAUAAUCCACUCGGCGCCCCUCCACCACCACAACCACCCAAAUUCCUGGCAUCUUCACUGAGAGUCAACUCGACGGCGACGUUGAAGUUGAACGGCGCCGUCAGCACCCAAGUUGCACCCCCUUUGCACGUCUCCAAGAACCAAUGGAGCCAUCCUGAUGUUGAUCAUGGUGUUGAAGUUGAAGAUCGGGCUUCUGAAGGCGCCGAGCCGUUGACGUCCCUGGAGAGCGAGUAUGAUGAUGUCAUUAGUGAGGUGAGCAUCUUCGAGGGGUUUAGGGCCUGGAGAAGUUUGAAAGAGGCUUCGGAAGCUUUUGAGAACUUUUGGGUACAUAGAUUUUGUCUGAGAAGUAGAUGAGGACCUUCAGAAAUUGAAAAAGCUUCUGAAAAUUCUAAGAACUUCUACAUUGAUUAAAAUUAUCGGAGAAGUUGUAUAGGAACUCUAGAAGUUGGAAACCGGCUUCAGAAAGUUCACGGGAAUUGGAAAGUUGAUGAAAUUUUCCCAAUAGCUCAGGACCUCCAGAAGUUGAAAAAGUUGAGAACUUCCUAAUUCACAGAAUACUCCCGAGAGGUAGUUCAAGAUCUACAGAAGUCGAUAAAGGUUACAGAAAAAUCCUUGAAAGCUUCUAAAUGCAUAAAUUUCGUCAGAGGGGUAUUUCCUCCUGAAGUUGGAAAAGGCUUCUGAAAGUUCUGGAGAACUUCUAAAUUGAUAAAACUUUGUUUGAGAGGUAGUUUAAGCCGUCCUGAUACCAAUCAGAGACCAAAAACGGCAUGAAAUGUUCAUUUAAAAAUCGGGAAUCUUCAAAAUUUUCUUGAUUGAUCAAAUUUCAAAGAAUUAGUUCAGAAAACCUUCUGAAGUAUGUUUAAAAGCUCUAGGACUCUGAAAAUUGUUUGGUAAGUUUAUAGAAUCAUAAAAAAUGAAGUAGACAAAGCCAGAAACUUUAAAAUUCGUCCAGAAAGCUCAGAGAGUUCUGAAGUUGAUCCCACAGAAUCUUGAGCCUUAAGGAUUUUUUUUUUUCGAAGACUUGGAAUUUUUUAAGUUGAUGAGAAACCUCUAGAAACUGCAAAUAAUUCUAAAGAAACACUUCUGAAGGUCCUUAAGUUUUCAAAUUCAUUGGGAAAUCUUUGAUUUCAUUCAUGUUUGAAUUUUAAAAGCUCUAGAAUAUUAAAAUCGAGAAAUUCGUGAAGCCUUCUAAAAUCUGCAUUAAACGAUUUUUGAAAUUAUCAGGAAAAGUUUUUGAAAAGUCUCCUUUUUAAAAAUUUUUCAUCGAAUUUCUCAGAAAGAAAGUCAAUUUUAUAGAAUUUGAACUAUACAAAAAUUUUUUUUUGUUUUUGUUUGCCGUCACAUUUGCCACAUUUCAGUCGAUUUCACAACCCUCACUGCCCACGCACAAAACUUUGGAUUUAAAGCCACAAAAGCAAAAAUCUUUUACCGAUUUCAAUGCGAACACUCACGACGGUGAAAUGCACGGCAUACCACAAAAUUUCGAUCACAGUGAGCUUCAAAAUGAGCCGAAAUACUCAAUUUUCCGACGUUUCCAGCCAAAUUCGGAAAGAAGGCCCGGGAAUCGUCGGUUUUUGAGGAAAAUAUCGCGCCGGACACGACGAAAGUCUACCAAAGCAGUGAUAAAUUUGGGGUACCAUCAUUAUUUUAUGAAAAUAUGAUGGAAAAACUGAAAAUAUUCAGAAAAAUACUCUGAAAAGUGGGAAAUCUUGCUGCUCUUGCUGCAAGAAACUCGGCCGGCAAGCCGCUACAAAGGUAUUUUUACCUGAUUUUUCCAAAAAUCUCUAAUUUUCAUGUAUUUCAAGGUGGAACCAUCGGCGGCGGUCGAAGAAUCCACGGACACGGGUAAAUUUUUCAGUGUAAUAUGUGGGGAGGGUAGAGCGCGCGCAUUUGGGUGAAAUCCACCGCUUAGCCAUGCAACUGGCCGCGUGGCGCAAUGGAUAACGCGUCUGCCUACGGAGCAGAAGAUUGCAGGUUCGAAUCCUGCCGUGGUCGAAAAUUUUUGCCAUUUUUUUCUUAAAGUUUUCAUUCAGAAUUCUUCCCAUCUGAAGGCGAACAUGCUACGUACAAUGGCGAGGCUCAACCUCAAGUCGGUCAGCAGCAGAAACAGGGGUUUGUUUUAGAGAUUUCAGCGCUAGUUCGUCAAAAAAUCGAUUUUGUAAGUUUAAUAGGACCGAAGGAAUUUUUGAGAAGGUCUUAAAGCAAAAAGUGUUUAUUUUGAAACAUUUGGAAGCUCUUUCGCCAUCAAAAACUAUAGCAAAGAGUUUUUUUUUAAAGCUGGAUUUUGUCAUUUUCAGAAGAAAAGUUGCUUUCUAGUUGUAUUUUUGAUUUUAUUUCAAUUCUUAAUAUUUCAUCAAUAUUUCGAGCUUCUCUGACCAAUGUCUAAUCAAAUCCGAGCUAAAAAAAAGUUUUAUCGGAAAUUUUCCAGAGAAUCCUACGCUUCUCUGAACCCCCAACCUUAUUCUCCAAGUCAAGGUCAAGCUCAGCAACCAACUUUUUCUCAGCCUCAACAGUUCCAACCUCAACAACCAGUGUAAGUUUCAAGAAGAACCGAACUAAGCUUUCACAAAAAUCAAGUUUUUAUUCGAGAAAGGAAUCGUCAGACCUUCUUUUCCCUUUCGUCCUUCUAGGCCUUUUUUUGACGGGAAAAAUCCCGAAGCUAGAACUUCUUAAAAACGAGUAUCUAACCGAAAAAAGUUAUCUACCAGAAAUUCUUCCCAUUUUUCCAAUCUUUCUGGGGCCAUUUUUAACGGGAAAAACUCGAAACGACGAGGAGAUUCAGGAGCUACGCCCAACAGCCAUUCCAGCAGUUCCAACAGGUCGGACAGGCUUACAGCCCUGUCCAGCAAUACGUCCAACCUCAACAGUCUUGCGGAUGUGCCCCUCCGCCGCAACAGCCCUGCUGUCCACCGCCGCAGCCUUGCUGCAUGCGUUAG